CAGCCUCACACUAAUUCAAACUUGUGUCCAGAGGGUUUGCAGGACAUAGAGGAGAGCUCCUUGUUUUGGGGAGAGCAACAGAGGGAAGAGAGAGAGGGAAGCAGAUGUAAGAUCUGAAUCUGGACAGAACUCAAAUUGAAGCUCCAACCGGCAGAGGAGCAGAGGAGACUCGCUCACAGUGUCAGUUUGCAGCCACUCAGCGAUGGAGAGGACGCAGAGGAAGACAGAGGGAGACGGGAAGAAGCCGGAGACGGAUGAGGAGGUGGUGCACCUCCGCAGACAGAUAGGCCUCCUGCCCGCCGUGUCCCUAAUCAUCGGGACGGUGGUGGGCAGUGGCAUCUUCAUCGCACCCAAGGGCGUCCUGAUGAACAGUGGGAGCGUGGGACUCUCUCUGCUGGUGUGGGCGCUGUGCGGGAUCCUCUCACUGUUCGGGGCUUUGUGCUUCGCUGAACUGGGCACCAGUUUCACAAAGUCAGGGGGUCAAUACAUCUACCUGCUGGAGACUCUGGGGCCGCUGCCGGCCUUCCUGCGCCUCUGGAUAGAGUUCUUAUUCGUCAGACCGGCCGUGGCUGCCUACGUGUCCCUGGCGUUCGGCCGCUACGUGGUGGAGCCCUUCUUUGAGCCGUGUGAGCCGCCCAUGGGGCUCAUUCGACUCGUCAGCGUCCUCGGAGUGACAUUCGUCACGGUGGUCAACUGCUGGAGUGUGACCUUGGCCUAUCGCACCCAGAUCGCCUUGACCUUCGUUAAAAUGUUCGCUCUGGUGCUCAUCAUCGUCCCAGGAUUCAUCGCAUUAGGCAAAGGACACACAGAGAACUUCCAGAACGGGUUUGAGGUCGACUCAUUAACAUUGGACAGGCUGCCGUUGGCCUUCUAUAACGGCCUAUAUGCCUAUGGUGGAUGGUUUUAUCUGAACUGUGUCACAGAGGAGGUCAUUAACCCAAACAGAAACAUCCCGCUGGCCAUAACCAGCUCCAUGGUGACAGUGACCAUCCUGUACGUGCUCACCAACGUGGCCUACUACACCAUGAUGACGCCCGCUGAGCUGCUGCUGUCUGACGCCGUGGCCAUGACGUUUGCCAACCGAGCCAUCCAGACGAUUGCUCCUGUGAUCCCAGUCCUCGUGGCCCUGUCGUGCCUCGGAGCUCUCAAUGGGGGCUUGUUUGGAUCACCAAGGAUGCUGUUUGUGGGAGGCAGGGAGGGCCACUGGCCGCUGAUCUUUUCCAUGAUUCACAUCCGGAGGCAGACACCUUUACCUGCUGUGAUGUUUCAGUACCCCUUGGCGAUGUUGAUGAUAUUCAACGGUGAGAUCUACCAGCUCAUCAACUUCGUCUCCUUCUCUCGCUGGUUCUUCAUCGCUCUCACAACCCUGGGGAUGCUCAUCCAUCGCCACCGCUUCCCUCUCCUCCCGAGGCCCUUCAAGGUGCCCGUGCUCAUCGCAGUCACCUUCACGGUGGCUUGUUUCUUCAUCGUGGGCAUGUCUCUGUUUUCCGACCCGUUCAACACAGGCGCGAGCUGCUUUCUCACGCUGACCGGAAUCCCAGUUUACUACGUGACCGUCCACCGCUUCCGUCUGCCCAAGAGGUGCAGGCGCGUCUUCAAUUUCUGCAGCAAGCAGAUGCAGAUCCUUCUGGAAGUGGCUCAACAGGAAAUCCAGACAUACUGAGGAUGAGGACAUCACGCCCCCUACUGGCAAACCUCAUGAACACCACCUUAACAAAAGCCUAGAACAUUUUCUUGUCUACCCGGCACAGCCACACAAGAUGGACAAUGUUUUCAUAUCUGUGUGUGUGAGUGUAUCUCACAUCUCUCAUCUCUGAAGAUAAAGGCCACAAAAAAAUAAAAUUUUCCAAGGUAUGACCAAAAUAUUAGGGCUACAGAAUAUUCUGUAUCUAAAGAAGUACGGCCAGUUCCACUUCCAGCCCAAAGUUCAGAAAUGAAGUCAAAAUAUCGCAGCCAUCUUUCGCAGUAUUCGUUAUGGGAUGGAGACGUGUUAUCGUGAGGUCCAGCAGAUACACACCAUCGAGCAAUCACGAGUCAGUCUCAGCUGUCAAUCAUGAAGUUUCCCCCCCGUUUUCAUCGCAUCAAAUAACUAAUUCAAACCAAACUUAUUAGAAGUGAUGUGUGAUGAGAACACACUCAAAUGAAAGAAACCAUCUCUCAGAAAAAUGUAUUUGAUGUUCCCCUCUUCCUCAUUAUAAGUUAUAUAAGCUGAAAUUAAGGAGUUUUACUACUUUCGAGAGACUAGCGGGACCUACAUUGUAAGACUAACGUUUACCAUCUUAAAAGGAAGCAUUGUCAGGCUGUGAUUGGUAUCCCCCCUCAGCUGCUUUUCAUUUUUUAGACUUUCUUGUAAAUUAGCUUUUUAAAAAUGUAUAUUGUAAGUACAAGCAAGUCCAGUGGCCAACGUCAACUUGUGGAACUCUUGAAUCCACGAUGAUCUGUAUGAUUGAAAACCUUCACAGGUAUAAACACCAACAG